GGCGGCGGGCCCCGGGCGCAGAGCGGCGGCGGCGGGGGCGCUCGGAGCCCGCUCCGCCGGGCCAUGGCGAGCGGCACCGCCGCGCCCGGGGGCUCGGGCUCGGGCUCGGGCUCGGGCUCGGUGCUGCCCGCCCGCUCGCUGGAAACGGAGAAGCUGCUGGCGGCGCCCGAGGGCCGCGAGGAGAAGGGCCUGCGGGGCUCCAAGUCCUUCUCGGCCGCGCUGCCCGGCGAGGCGGAGCGCAACGGGCACGGGCUCACCUACAAGUCGGUGUCGGUCGGGCACCUGGAGGCGGCCCCGCUGUCGCCGUCGCGGCUCAGCCUGGGCCGAGCCUCCUCCACGGCCACCAGCACGGCGGCGCCGGAGCAGGGCCGCCCGCGGGACUACCUGGUGCUCGCCAUCUUCUCCUGCUUCUGCCCCGUCUGGCCCAUCAACAUCGUGGCCCUCGUCUUCUCCAUCAUGUCGAGGAACAGCGGGCAGCAGGGAGACAUGGACGGAGCCCGGCGCCUCGGCCGCAUGGCCAGGCUGCUCAGCAUCGUCUCCAUUAUCCUGGGGACCAUCAUCAUCGUGCUCUACGUGUCACUCAGCGUCAGAGGUUCCUAGAAGACAUUUCAGCAUGCAAAUACCUCGAAGAGGAGGAAGACAACUUUCCUUUUGGGGUUUUUACUUUCAGCCUUGCAACAAAAAUUGUCACAGUAUAGGUGGGCAGCCCUGGGGAAAGUCUGCUCUGGAGCGCCAUCCGAAGAAAUGCAUGCAUCUACUUCACAGCCUCUCGGAAGAUGAAUUUGUGCAAAACUAAAGGAUUGGAUACUAAAUCGCAACAAGCAAUGGGCAAGAACAUCAGGUCCCGAGCGGAGCGGAGAAGGGGGAAAUCCACUACCUCAUUCCUCUCCAGCAAAACUCUCGGAGUGGGGAGACAACUAACAGUAAAAUACAAGAAGAGGAGAGAAUUUCCAGAAUGAAGCUUAUUUUAAAGAAAAUUUAAGGAGAGAACAGGACACUUUGAGGAGUCCUCCUGAGAAUUUUGGCACAAACUACAGUAUUUUGGGAGGGGUUGCUGGUUUUUAAAUUGUCAAAUUCUCUGUCUCUACAAAAAAAGCUCAAACUGCCAUCGGAAGAUUAAAUCUGUUCCACGAAGGAGGAGGGAGAGCAGAACUGCGGAAGAAACAGCUCUGCUCUGAGCAACACGCAGCUAUAAAAGCUGGAGGAUGUGGUGGGUGUUUUUGUAUUUUUGAUGAAAAAAAGAGACAAUGACCAUUUGCAUGCCUCUGGGAAUGUUCUCCAUGUCCGUUCAUACAAGCUCUUUUAUCACUUACAGCAUAUCUCAGAGCUGGGAGAGCAGGAUGUUGCCGCAUGAGAACGCCAGGCUCCUCCUCACCCGGAUCCCAUGUUGGGGUUUUUAAUGGAAGGAAAAAUGUUUUCUCUGUGAAACCACACAUUUCUUUUUUCCUCUGUGCACCCAAAGUGAGGUUAAUACUUGUGGCGCUGAGAGAAGGGCCUGGUUAAUCUGCGGCAGCAGUACUGAGGCACGGAGAGCCCACUCUCCUUAAGCAUCUACGUCAUGUCGUGUCUGUCUGUCUGUCACAGAAAAGCUGAAGCGUGACCAGACUCCAUCCCUGGCAGUGCUGACCUCCCCCGACCCUUCUGGGCCCCAGCUUAGGGACGACCAGGGAGAUUUUCAGAGGCACAGAGGAGUUUAAGACCCCUGCUCCUCUCCCUAAAUCCUUCACUCUCUUCCGCAUCCCUGAAUAUCUCCAGCAUCCCAGGAGCUGGCUGGGGCCGAUUCCGCGGAUAUUAUUUUUUAAUGUUUUAUAUUUAAAAAAAACAGACUUUGCUCUUCCAGAUCUGCCUGACUGCACCCCCCCCCCCCCCAAGUCUUCCACAGCGUGUGGCUCCCCAAGGCCUUCUGCGCAGGCUCCCCCAGCCCCUCUGCCCGGCCUUGUCCCGUACUGCAGCAUCUCUCGCCCCAUCCUUGCUGUGAGUCGUUCCUGGGUACGGUGCUGCAUUCGGCCACCCAGACUAUGCAAAGUUUCAUGGCCUGUUUUGCUUUUUUUAAAAUUCGGGCUUUGUAGAUGCCUUCUGGCCAUACCAUCAGCUCCGUAUUAGUUGAAAAAAAAGAUCUCUCCGUUACGAAAGCUUUGCAGUCAGGGUUAGAUGAUCAAGAGCUGCACUCCCUGGCCGUUUUGUUGUCUGCAGCUAACAACCCGGGACCUCGAUACACACACUGCACGGGGAAAUAAGGUGUCCCGGGGCACUUCCUCUGCUCCGUACCGUCAAUCUCGGAAAAAACUGAGACCAAAUCUAACGCUUCUGAGGGCUUCUCUGCCUGGAGAGCGUACUGCACAGUAAGAGAGGCUACGGGAACCUCCGUGAGAUCGUAACUCCUUGGCACCAGCUUCCUUCCUGGGCCACCCGGGUGGGGAAGCCCCUCGCGCCCGGGGCACACGAGUCCACGCCGGGGGUUAGCGCGGGAGAUCCGGCGUGCCGCGAAUUCGCCCCGUAGUUACUACGCGGGAACUAACUCGCAGAGCCGUGCCCUUAGCUGCGGAAAUUCUCACCGCCUGUUGGUUUGCUCCUCAUUAAAACGUUUUCUUUUGCUAGACGUUAUUUGACAGGGGGACAAGGGAGCCAGGUCCCCUGCUAACAUUUUUCUCUAAAUCAGAAGGGAUCCCAGGGACUCAGAGCAAUAGCACAUCACUACAGCACUUUCCUGGGCUACAUUCCCAUCUGCCUCAUCCCCAGGGGUUUAUUAAAAAACUAGCAACUUCUAAAAUGGACCAAAUUUCCAGUCUUUCCCUUGCAGUUUGUUUUUGCGCUUGGUGCUUAGGGAGAGCUUUGAGAGCCUCAGUGCGCAGGGAGCCGAGGGCAGCUGAACUGCGGCGGGCUCGAGCUGAGCACUGCCCGGCCUCAGGACGCGUAAACUCCCCCACAGCCGCCUUCGAGGUGCCCCUUGGAAACCACAUCUCUUGUCCCGUAACUCAUCAGAAACCCUCCCUUUCAGGCAAAAACUCCGUCACCUUAUGGGCGGACUGCGGAUGGCGUUUCUGUCCCAGAAGUCCCCCAGCCACUUCCUUCUUAACGCUUGAACCCCAAAGCUGCUUGCUGUGUAAUGUCCAUUAUUUUUUCUGACAUACAUUACUGCGGUGCAAACUGUCCGUGCACCUUCUCACCCUGUGCUCUUCGAGCUGCUGAAAUGCAGCUCAUGGUAAGGGCUGAGAAAGAUCCUCCUAGAACAGGAAGAGCUGAUACUCAAGAAAAACUGCAGCAAUGAGUAUGCAACUUAAGAGAGCCCAAUAUUUAUUAAAUAAGAGUUUAAAUGCUAUUUUAUCAUCACAUAAAGCCUUUCAUCUAAAGAGCCUAAAGUGCUUUACUGCAUUUAAAGAACUAAACCUUGCAACCCCAUAUGAGGUGGUUUAGCAUUACACUAGUCUAAUUGCACGGAUGGCCAAGUUGCUGAAGGUUGCGUACCCUGUACAGCCAGGGAGAAAAACCAGUCACUCCUUCUUGUCCUUAAUAUAAAUAUGUACACAUGAAUACAUAUUUCCUUGUAAUGUGAUUUUCUCUAGUGGGAUCUAUGCAAACACAUACGCUCUACGCUUUGCAAAAUAGACGGUAACACCUAUCAUUGCAGCUUUGGCUGCGAUGGGGCUUCGCAAGGCGGCUGUGGUUGUAAUGAUCCUUUCUAGGAGGAUUCCUAGGCUGGUGAAGCAGACAGCAACAAACUCCUUUCAUUUUUUAAUCUUCUUUCUGGUUAGAUACAACUGCACUGCUCUGCACUCAUGAAUACAUCCUAGACCCAGCUGAAAGCCUCUACAGUUAUUCCUGAGCAAUGAAUUCUUAUACGCAUUAUAUGCACACCUAUACGCAUUUUUUUCAAGUUUUCUUGUUACCUGGGUCUCUUGAGCUGAACACAGUAUUACAGAAAUAAACUCCCCAGGACUGCCUAGAAGCAGAGUCUCUUUACCCUGCUCUCCAACGACUUGCUCAUCUAUUUGCAGCCCAACAUUUUGUGAAAGUUUUUGCCACUAGAUCCUUAGGAAGUUGCCCUUCAUUUCACUUUCUCUUUUUACCCCAGCUCAGUUGCCUAUUCUGCUCUUCCAGUUGCAGCCUGCCACCGACUCUUAGAUGUAUCAGCUGGCACGUGCAAAGGAGGAAUUUGAUCCCCCCAUCCUUGUCGCAUACUUCAUACGUUACUGUGUUACGAGGGACUAAGUCACGGCAGAACGCCAUCCCUAGGCCACCAGUUUUCUCCUUUGCUCUACGUCUGGCAAACGAACAGCUGCCACGUUACUUGCCAAUUCCUAAGUACUUUUAGGAGGCCAAUAGGCUCUGGACUGAGCCAGGAGGAACCCUUCCCCCCCCCAAAGCAUCCUUCACGAACUUUUGCUAAUCUAGUUUUUAAACUAAGUGCAAGAAACCUUGUUUUCCAAAUCCAGGCACAACCAUUCCUCUGCUUCGGCUUUGUUUUCAGGCCCCAGCAGGGCGACCGCAAGAAGGAUGUCACGCAAAGGCCUUUCCUCCCCAUCCCCACAGUAAGAACUAUUACUUCUGUCGCAGCUCUUUGCCACCUGCUGCAGCCUCCCCUAAGCACACGUCAGCAGCGAGUUUUCUGUGUGUCUGCAACUAUAACAGUCACGAAAUCCUCAGGAUCUGGCCCACUUGUACCCUCUAUGGAAGCAGGGAAGAGCGGAGAGGCGAGAGGGAGGAGUGGUGCUGUGGAAAUCCAGCCUUACCUGGCAGCGCGGCCCAGCUGGUAGGAGGAUUGCUUGCUGAGGAGAGAGAGAAGGUGGGAAACGUGUCUAAAUGCAAGUUCAAGUAGGAGUUACGAUCGACAAGUGUGAGGUCCUGGUGGUAUAUAAAUACACGGUUUGCACUGCUCGGGAGGAGUCUAUUCGCGUAUCGGCACGGCUGCGGGCGCCUCUCCGGCACCGGUGUUUCUGGGCUCCUCUCUCCGGGGCUGGCGGGGAGCCGGGUUUGGGGGGUGGCACAGCAGAGCCCUUGGGGGUACAGAAAGGCCAGAACGAAGGCUGAGGCCGACUGAGUGAUGUGCUGCUGCCACGCAGCCCAGAUGUCUUAUUUUCAUAGCAGCGUCUUGUAGGAUGCUGUGACCGACUGCCCGAAAGGGACUAGCACAAGCCAGCUUGAUUGCAGCGCUUUCUGGUAGCAGUCUGACAUGAACGCCUGCAGAGGAGACCAAAAGGCUUUGAGCACAAGGAGAGGAAAGAGUGACAAAAUAUUUGAUUUCAAAGUUCGUUGUACUAAUGAUGACUUGCAAACAGCUGAGCCUCUGGGGUUCGGUUAGGCGUUUCUCCCCUCGUGCCGGGGAAGCAGCCCCGCUGGGCACGGAGGGCUCAGCCGCGCGCUUGGGAACGGGCUCUCGGCUGCCAAAGCCUCUCCACACCCAAGGCAGAUUCUGCGCCGGGAAGUCUGCAUGGAGAGAACAGAUCGUAUUUCUGGGCAUUAGUCUCAUUCACCUUAUCAUCAAACUUGCUGCCCUCUCUGCUGUAAUUUAGGCAUGUUUUUUUCUGCCUGCUGUUUCACUCCUUUCCAAUUUUUCUCUCUUUUCUUAUUGCAAGUUUGACAUGUCCCUUAGCACCUCUACCCCUUGGGCCAUGCCCAAGCCGCACAGGCUUUUCCCUCACCCUCUUCUUGCAUUCGUUAAAGUGGGACAGGUCUAGCUGACCACGCGAUGCCGUCACUGGGCUGUGCUGCGAGGGGACUGUCCCGGCACAGGGAAUCGGCUCCUCCAAGUCCCCGGCUUCGGCUGGCCGCAGACUCCAGCGUGCAUCGCUGCAGCACUUCACCUUCCAAACACAGAGGAGUCUCCAUGUAGGCAAAGGGAACAGAUGCUGCCUUUUAUAUAAGAUUAAAACUUGAUUUCCAUUCAGUCUACGGAGAGAGGCUGCAGAAACGUCCCCAGUGGGCUGGUCCCAUGCGAUUUUUUUGAUACUCCCAACCUUGCCCUAUCACUUUGUUACUCACAGCAUCACAGAACCGCAGUUAGGGCUUCAGUCAAGCUGAAAUAAUUUCAGAUUUAAGGUCAAUUUUCUUUCAACGUGCAUCCUUUAAUUUUGGCAAAGACUGUUGGAUUUGGCCUGAAAGCUCCCAUGCUUGGGCCCAAGCCAAGGUGGGGGGGCAGCCUUUUCAAAGUGGGAAUAUUUGUAAAGCGUUUGCUAACGCCAGUGGGAAGCAAAAUUCAAACCUAUAAAUACACAGCCAGGAUAAGAAACUUGGGAAAGGGAGCGUGUGCAGUAUUCACCAAGGCAACCCUGAUGCCGCUUUUGAGCGCGUGCCCUCUCCCCAGGCCCUUUCUCGAUGGUGCCCAGGACCUGGACCCCUCCCGUGGCAGCGCGGGGUGUAUCCCGCCGGGGCUGUAACCCCCGUACGUGCACAGGCUCACCCUGUUCCGGAGGCGACCUGGAAGAGUCAAACUGUACAAACAGCAUGAGCACGUCAGGAGUCUCAGCUGGGCGCUUCUCUUUGCUGACAAGUGUUUUUUUCUGCAGGAUGAUACGGUAUAUCUUGUAUACUUUCCUUUGUAUUUCUUGGCAUGAGAAAAAAAUUAAAAUGUAACAUGCAUGGUCAAAGGUGAA